AUGACGUUUUUUUAGGGGAAAAGGGGGCGGCUUAGAUUCCCUGGAUGGCUGUUGCAGAGGCUGAGAGAAGCCACUUCUGCGGAAACCCAUUCACUUCCCCAGCGUGCAACAGGAAGACUGGAAGAACGUAGAGGUCCAGCUGUACUGUCAGAACAAAGGAAAAUAACAAGGGUGGAGGCAUGAGCAACAUUCAGAAAGAAGUAAAGAAAAUCCAGUCGGUUUAUCUGCAAAACCUGGAAAGACUCAAUCAAGGGCUAAAGCAUGAAAACAAGAGCUGGAAACCCAAAGAGGGAGAAUUUGCUGUGCAAGCGGAGAUGGAGAAGCAGCGACCAGCUUCUGCAGCUGGACAAGUUGCCAACAGCUCAGCUAACAGAAUCAGCAGAGAUUUGACCUGCUCCAUUUGUCUGGAUCUGUUCAAGCAGCCCGUUUCUUUGCCUUGCGAUCACACGUUUUGCCAGGGUUGCAUUGAGGGUUACUGGACUGGACCUAGAGGCCCGGGGCAGGGGGGAACAGGCGCCUGCCCUCAGUGCAGGAAGAUGUACCCUGGACAGUGCUACAGACCCAACCGCAUCGUUGCCAACAUAGUGGAGAGUUACUGCCAUGGUCUGGAGGAGGGCGGCAGCUGCCUGGUGGAUGCUGGAGGAGCAGAGAGGGUCACCGCUCCGGUACCGAGCUGCAGCCGGCACAGGGAGGAGCUGAAGCUGUACUGUGAGGAGGACCAGGAGCUGGUAUGUUUGGUGUGUGGCGUGUCCCAGGAACACAGAAACCACACCAUGGUGUGUGUGCAGGAGGCUGAGCAGAAGUACAGGGGAUUUCUAAACAGCUCAAUGGAUUCCUUAAAAGCUGAGCUCAACACAGCUCUGGAGUGUGACAGGGAAGCUGAGGAUGAAGUGAAAAAGCUCAAGGAGCACACAGCUGACCUGAAGCAGCGCAUCGAGGCCCAGUUCAGUGACCUGCACCAGUUUCUGUACCAGGAGGAGAAGCUGCUGCAGGUGAAGUUGAAGACAGAGGAGCGGAGGGAGCUGAUCCGCCUGGAUGAGCACAAGGCUCUGCUGUGUGUGGAGAUCUCCCGUCUGCAGAGGGCCGUCCACGAGAUCGAGGACAAGCUCAGAGAGCAGGACCCGUUCACUCUGCUCCGGAGCAUCAAAGCCUUGCUCCAAAGGCCUUCUCUGAAGUUUGAGAAACCGGUGUUCACACCCCCCAGUCUGUGUGAGGGCCGCUUUGCAGGGCCUCUUCAGUACCGAGUGUGGAAAUCCAUGAAGGGAAGCCUUUAUCCAGUUCCAGCAGCCAUCACGUUUAACUCCAGCACAGCCAACCCUUGGCUCAGCCUGAGCUCCUCCCUCACCUGCGUCCGCUACCAGAACUUCAACCACACGGUUGAGGACAACCCAAACAGAUUCAACGCCGCCCUGUCUCUGCUGGGCAGCCAAGGCUUCACCCACGGCCGACACUACUGGGAGAUAGAAGUGUACAGCAGCACCGUGUGGACGGUGGGGGUCGCCCGGGAGUCGGUGCCCAGGAAGGGAGUCAUCAAAGCUCUUCCUGCCAAUGGCUUCUGGACUCUCUCACUCUCUUAUGGGAUUCAGUACAUGGCCGGCACAUCCCCUCCUACUUUGCUGUCUCUGGAGGAGCCGCUGGCCCGGAUCGGGGUGUACCUGGACUACAAACGAGGCCUGGUGUCCUUCUACAAUGCAGAGAGCAUGACACAUCUGUACACCUUCAGGGAGACCUUCACAGAGACCCUGUACCCUUACUUCAACCUCGGCUUCCUUGAUAAAGUGCAUGAAAAUGAGCCCCUUAAAGUCUUCCUACCAAAGAUUUGAGAUGAAUCAUGUGACGCUGUACAGACUAAACUCUUAUUUGUAAAUAUGUAACUGGUGCAUUUGUAUGUCCCAAGAAAUAAUUUUUAUGUAUCAUAAAAACGUUUUACACAAGAUAAGUUUGUAAUCUGCAGCUUGUGCUGCACAUUUCAUUUCUGAGAAGCCGUGCUUCAGUGAAGAAUGUAAAACUCUGCAGAUUAAAGAGAAUACAUAAUCCUC